AUGUCUAAAAAGGUAAUUCUCUUACUUUUAGCUUUAUUAGCUGUUGUCUUAAGCAACAACUUAAGACAUCUCACUGAUUCCGAAACUCUCUUUGAUGACAGCAACGAUGAAGAAGAUGAAGACUUUGACUCAUUGGAAGAAAGCACUCAAUAACUUAAAUACAAUCUUACUGAAUUAGUAGCUUUUAGACACGAUAUCCAUUAGCAUCCUGAACCUGGUUUCCAUGAAUUCAGAACUCAAAGAAAAAUUAUUAGAUACUUGAGAAAGCUUGGUGUCCACAAAAAUUAAAUUAAAAAAAUUGCUAUUACUGGUCUUUAAAUUGAUAUUCCUGGUAAAGCUAAGCCUUAAGGUGAAGACAGACUUAUUGCUUUCCGUUCAGAUAUCGAUGCCUUAGAUAUUUUUGAAGAUAACCCAACUCUCCCUUACAGAAGUGUCAACAGUAAUGCUCAUGCUUGUGGUCAUGAUGGUCAUAUUACAUGUGCUCUUGGUUUUAUUUCCAAAUUGAUGGACGAUAUCCAUAGAAUCCCUUCCAAUAAAGUAAUUAGAAUGCUUUUCUAACCUAGUGAAGAAGGUCCUAUUGUUGGUGCUCCUAAGAUGAUUGCAGAUGGUUGUCUGGAUGGUGUUUAAGAAAUUUAUGGAUGGCAUAAUGCUGCUCAAGCUCCUGUUGGCUACUUUGGAACAACUGAUGGUAUGUUAGAAGGUUAAACUUCUUACAUUAACUUAACUUUCUUCGGUGGUGGUGGUCAUGCUGCUGACCCAACUAAAUAAGAUGCUGUUUAAUUGGGUGUUAACUUCAUCAAUUAAUUAUAAAACUUCACAGCUUAAUUUGUACCUCAUAAAAUUUUGAUUAAAUUCCCUUACUUCAAGGCUGCUGAAAGAUGGAAUGUUGUUUCUCCCACUGUCAAUCUUUAAGGUGCCUUCAGAACUCUUGAAGUUGGUUUUGAUAAGGUAGUUGAACCUCUCUUCUUCGAUUUCCUUAAUAGAUUCAGUAACUAAACUGGUUUCAACUACACUUGUGACUGGAAAUUUGCUUAUCAUGCUACUAUCAAUGACCACAACAGAACUUAAGAUGUUGUUAGAGUAGCCAAUCAAUACUUUGGUCCUAGUCAUGUUCUUCCUGGAGAUACAGUUUACAACUCAGAAGAUUUCUCUUACUAUCAAUUGAUUGUUCCAGGUAAUUACUUCUACCUUGGUGCUUCUAAGUAUCCCAACGAUAGAUACAUCCAUACUCCCACUUAUAACUUCGAUGAUGAUCUCAUUCCAGUCGCUUCUGGCUUCUUAUACACCUUAGCUCUUGACAGACUUAAUGUCACAUUAGCUUGA